AUGGCAUCCAUACAGCCGGCUGGGUCUUCCGCACCCUCGUCGAAUAUCAAUUCGCCGAUCCUGCCUCCCAGUGGAACACCGUUUUUCAAUGGACCUCUAUCAGAUACGAAUACAAGAUCAUCACCUGCGCCCGCUAGUAAUGCGUCAGCGCAAACUGACGGUCCAAGGUCCAAACGCAACAAACGCGACAGUCGUAAAAAGCGCGAGGCUAAGGGAUUGGACCAGGAAAUCGUGCCCGCCAAAAAGAGAGCAACUGCUGUUCAAAAUACCGCUCUUCCCAGUUCGGACCUGAAUAUUCUCAGACCUUUGCUCCUUGCUGAGCCGAGACCGUCCGAUUUAUUACCCCCACAGCCUCGCCAGCUAAAUUUAGUGAGUCGGAAAACAUCUGAGGUAAUUGGCCAGAGUUGGAGCUUCUACGAAGUCGUUGACAAGCUUACCAAUAAAAAUGGGUUCCGCUAUAGCUACGCCAUAGCCGAUACUAGCUUCCCACAUAUAAAAUACCGCCAGACCGAUGUUCGUCCUUAUAAUGCUCGCUUCAGCUUUGAGGAUUCGCCUGCAGCGAUACUCUUUAACGAAGACGCACUUGCCGUAACUACCAACGGACCGUGGCACACCGCGCGCGCUAAUGUAUGUGCGCGCGAAGGAACCUUUUACUAUGAGGCGCGCAUCAUUAGCGGUGUAUUGAGUGACCCGCAGACAGCACCUGCCAACGGAAAGUCUUGCUUGCCAUCAAGAGGCCAUGUCCGUCUUGGGUUUGCGCGAAGGGAGGCGGAUUUGGAUGUUAACGUCGGUGUAGACUGUUAUGGUUAUGGAAUCCGUGAUGUGAAUGGUGAAGUGGUCAACCGGAUGCGCUGCGAGUACUUUUUUCCCAAAGGCGAGUCGAUCCGCGAAGGCGAUGUCAUAGGCAUGCUCAUCACUCUCCCGCCACUUUCGCUCCACAAGAGAAUCGUCGAAGGAACCUACGACCCUGCCGUCGAUGGUCAUGCUUCGACAUCUGGCAUAGAGCUCUCCAUGGCUACGAACGUUAUCCGGGACCGGAUCCCUUUCCACUACAAAUCUGACUUCUGUUGGCAACAAUCCAAUGUUUUCCCCACUAAACAGUUGCGCGAUUACGCCUUCAAUCUUAAAGAAACCCCUACGUUCGGACCACCAUCACCGAUGAACACCGAGGAUGCAUCUUUGCGUACACUGCCAGGUUCGAGUAUCACAAUAUUUAAGAAUGGCAUAAAAAUGGGUACUCCAUUCAAAGAAUUGUAUGCUUUCCUUCCACCGGCCAGCCGACUUGCAAAUGGGACCAAUAACUUAGGUCUUGGCGAGCGUGAGAAUGCGGAUGACGGGAUGAUCGGAUAUUACCCGGCUGUCAGUUGUUACGGCGGUGGUGCGGUGGAAUGCCGCUUCGAGGGUCCCUGGUGGAUUGGACCUCCUCAAGCAGAGAACGGCGAGCCGAUUCGGGGGAUUGGAGAGCGCUUCAACGAGCAGAUAGUCGAAGAUGUUGUUGCUGACAUCGUUGAUGAGGUCGAGGCGAUGCUCGUUUGGGGCGGGGUGGAUGGUGAUGUCGUCGGCAAUGCCCAGAUGGAUGGCACUGGCACUGGUGCGGUCGGAGGCUCGGAGGUCCUUAAGGGAGGUGUGGGGGCUGCGUAUGAAUCUGCCGUCUCUGCCGUCUCCGCAGGCCCUGGAACGGGCCCUUCCACUGUGGAGAAUAGUGUCGGCAAUGUAGGCUCCCCUGAUGUAGGUACUGGACAUUCUACCUUCGAAGAUGCGGCCAGUGUUGGUGUAGUAGGUACACCGAAUACGGAGGAACCCGCUGCUAGGCCUGAAAAUAUCACCGUGGGCCAUGAUGUCGAGAUGUCUUAG